AUGUCAGAGCAGGAAACAGCAGGACCUUCACGCUGCCCCUCGAACCAGGCUCGGUCACUUGAAAUGAAUGUGUCAAAUCUUCCUUCAGAUGACUCUCCGCGGAGCUUUGAUGAUUUCCUUGAUUCUUUAAUGCUACCCGAUACUUUAUCUGAGCUGAAAGAUGGCCACAAUCUGAGUAAGACUGAUCCUAUCCACUGGGAAACACUGAAACAGGCCGUUCUUCAAACGUCAACUUUGCCUUUGGAAGAUCUACCACAUGCUCUGUAUACCGGAGUGCCUGGUAAAAAAUCGAAUGAUCCAUCGUCUGACAUCUUGACACUUUUGAACACGAUGGAAAACGCCAUACUGAAUAGCUUACAGACUACAGCACCGGACAGUACUCGUACUAAUGUUGGAGACGCUCCUGCUCAAGAGUUCCAUUUCGAUCAACAUUCCUUGGCUUCAUCAGUCGGACCAGAUAGAAAUCACUUCAAGAAAAACAAACGUAGAGGAGGAGAUAUCCUACCGAAACGGACCAGCUUGGUCAUUGGUCCGGCAGACGGCGCAAAGUCCCAAGCCUCGACAGAAGUUAGCCAAGAGUGGCGUAAACCGGGAGGAAAAAAGAGUAAACCAUUCAGGCCCAAAGGUUGUGAGUGUCUGCAGGCAACAGCAAGCGGGCAAGAUUAUUUGAUAACAGUCAAUAACACCCUCAGACUCAACUUAACCGUACAUCUAACAGCAAAAGUCCAUAUUGGAACAAUUUCGAAGUCACAUAUCAUGGAAUGGAGAACAAGAAUUUCUACCAAUUCACCAAGGUUGUGUGUAGGCACUACGGAUUUUGAUGCAUUGCAAGAGCAUGUACAGGAAAAUUGGUGCCAAAUCUGGCACUUCAAUAACAGUCGAUACCGCGCGAAAAAGAUGAGUAUUCUUGGCAAGAUGCUGACUACAAGAAAAGAAGCUGAUGGCACCGCUGAAGAAUUCUGCACUGACCUUGUAACAAGUACCAUGCUGGCCCAAUUACGAAUGAGCUGUCUCAAGUGGGCCGGUGAUCAUCAUCUGUACGACCCACAAUAUAAGUCGGUGAAGGAAACUCUUGCAUUUACUGUAAAGAGUCAAGUUGAGGAGAUACUUGUUUGCACGGCUCAGGAUGGAUCUGACCAUGAAGGAAGUAUCUGUUGA